AUGCCUACACGUACGUACAUUGGCAAGGAGGAGAAGACAGCAUCAGGCCAUAAAGCCAGCAAGGAGAGAUUGAGUUUGCUACUUGGGGCUAAUGCUGCUGGUGACUUCAAGCUGAAGCCCUUGGUGUGUCUGGCCGAGAAUCCAAGGGCAAUGAAGGGCAUAUGGAAGGGUCAACUACCUGUCAUCUGGAAAUCUAACAAGAGGGCAUGGGUGACACUCAGCGUAUUUGAGGACUGGUUCACCAACCAUUUUGUGCCAGAAGUCAAGGACUACUGUGCUUCAAGGGGGCUGCCCUUUAAGGUGUUGCUAGUGCUGGACAGUGCCCCUUGUCACCCUGCUGAUUUGAAUGACAUUCAUCCAAACAUCAAGGUGGCUUACCUUCCACCUAGCACCACCUCCCUUCUACAGCCUAUGGGCCAAGGUGUCCUUGCCUCUUUCAAGGCCUACUACCUCCGAAGGACAUUUGCUAUGGCUUUUAGGGCAAUGGAGAAGGAUAAAGAGUUGACUCUCAAGGACUUUUGGAAAUCUUAUAAUGUUCUUGCUGCUGUAAAAAACAUUUCUGAUUCUUGGGAUGAAGUUAAGCAGACGAACUUGAAUGGUGUUUGGAAAAAAUUGUGUCCCCAGUUUGUGAACGAUUUCCAUGGCUUUGAGGAUUCAGUUGAGGUUGUCAUCAAGAAUGUUGUUGAGUUGAGUAAGCAGCUUGAUUUGGAGGUGGAGGCUGAUGAUGUCACAGAGCUGCUGGCAUCUCAUGGAGAGGAGCUGUCUGCCGAGGACCUCACUCAACUGAAAAAUCAGUUCAUUGAAGAUGAAGACACACCAACCCCAGAGCCCAGGAGAUUUACAAGCACGGAAUUAGCGAGGGCCUUUGCCAUGAUAGAGGAUGGCUUGGCAAGGUUUGAGGCUCAGGACCCCAACAGUGACAGGUACACUAAGGCUGCCAGAGGGGUCAUGGAUAGCCUGCGGUGUUACAAGGAGAUUUGGGAGGACAGGAAGAAGGUAUCCCUCCAGACUAUCCUCGAACAUUAUUUUAAGAAGGUGGAGAGGCCUGCAACAGAUCAUGUACCCUCUGCCUCAUAUGCUUCUCCAGACUCACCUGACCCAGCAUCUCCAGCACCUUCUGCAAGUUCUGCUUCUCCGGACUCAUCUGACCCAGGAUCUCCAGCACCUUCUGCAGGUUCUGUUUCUCAGGACUCACCUGACCCAGGAUCUCCAGCACCUUCUGCACGUUCUGCCUCUCCGGACUCACCUGACCCAGUAUCACAUGCAUCUUCUGCAGGUUCUGCCUCUCAAACCUCCUCCCCACAGCAGCCUAGUGUAAGCCUGUCUUUCCCCACUUUGCAACAUCCAGUGUGCAAGCCAACAACAGUCAAAAAGGAUAUGAACUUUGAGGACGUGGCCAUUGCCUUCUCUCAGGAGGAGUGGGAGAUCAUUGAUGAGGCUCAGAGAAAUCUGUACUGUGAUGUGAUGCUGGAAGUGUUUGCACUUGUAUCAUUCAUAGGUCCUUGGCAUAAAAUGGAUGAUGCGGAGGCCUAUUCUGAGCACAGUGUGUCUGUAGGAGACUCUCAGGUCAGGGCUUCCAAGAUAGCCGCAGCCACCCAGAGGACCCAUCUGUGUAAGCCGUGCUUCUCAGUGUUAAAAGAUAUUUUGCACCUGACUGAGUUACAAGUGGCAUACUUUGAGAAGAAUGUGUUCUUAAGUGAUACAUGUGUGAGAGACUUGUGUUUCAGUACAAACCCUCACCAGCACCAGAAGGAUGCCAGUGGAGAGAAGGCCUGGAAAGAAGAUAUGGAGAGAGCUUCGCUUGUGACAACUUGCUGGUUCUACUUCUCUGGGGUGCCUGAAGCUAGUACUGAGGUUGGGGUGGACUCCCCAGUCACCUCAGGGCUUCCCCAACACCAGGCCACUCUGAACACUGAGGAACCACACAGUAACAAUGAGAGUUCACAGGAAUGUCUCAGUGGAAAAACACAUCACAAGUGGGUUCAAUGUGAAAGAGCUGGCAGCCAGAAACAAAAAGUUGCUUAUCAGAAAGGUCUCAGCUCUAGAGAUAUGAUUAAUGAGUCUAAUAAAUGUGGAAAAGUGUUCAGACAAAUCCUUAACCACCUUGAACAUGGGAGAGUUCACACUGUAGAAAAGCCCUCGUUCCCGCAGCCUGACCCCCUGAACCCUCCGGCCUGGGGGCCGGCGCCGCUCAGGUCCCGCCGCCCAGGUCCCAGCGUCCAGAAUGGUGAGUCCCUGGUGGGUGACACGUGGGUGAUGGGGAAGAGGGUGGAAGGCUGCAGUGCCACCUUGUGA